AUGGACCGCUCUGAAUCUGUCCUUGUUCACUCUGGCGCCAAUGCACCAACGCAGCCGUUCCGUGAAGGCUGUCAGGCUGGGUCUGACGAGCUCCUAGGUGUCCCAGGCACGUUUCCUUCGAAGCUUGAUAGUCCACUUGCCUGGAUAGGCACACAUUUUAGCGGCAAUGAUGACUAUGUGCUCCAAUUGUGUGCCACGGACGUUGCUGAGAUUAAGGCUGGUCUUGAUACAUUCAAAGCUCGUGAGCUCGAUGGAGACCUUGUCAGUAGUGCCAACUUUCCACUGCCAAAUCUGGGACCAAAGCUCAGGAGCAUUAGACAUGAGCUCUACGACGGUCGCGGGUUUUCUGUGAUCCGUGGCAUCGACCCCAAGGACUUCACCGUGGAGGACCUCACAAUGAUCUGGCUGGGCGUUCAGGCCUACAUUGCUGAUCAACGCGGCUGUCAAGAUCACAAGGGCAACAUGCUAGUUCACAUCAUUGCGGACAGCACGUCGGAUGACAAGAUCGGCCAUCAUCGUCACUCGACUUCUGCUAUCACGUUCCACACGGAGGAAUCAGGUGAUAUCGCUGCUUGGUUGACUCGAAGCACUGCUGCCACAGGAGGCCGUUGCAUUAUUGCUUCCACAUACAACAUCUACAACGUCCUUGCUGCUCACAGACCGGAUGUCAUUCGAACUCUUGCCAAGGCAGAUUGGCCGUUCGCUUUCCCACAUUUCCAGUGCCGCCCCAUCAUCUUCUGUCAGAAUUCUCGACUGAUCAUGAAUUUUGGUCGAACACCUCUGCUGGGAAAUACUACGCACCCGCGUCCUGAGCACUUGCCCAAAACGAAUGAGCGACAGCAAGAAGCCUUAGACCUCGUGGAGGCUAUUGCACAGGCUACUCAGCUCGAGAUCAAAACUCAGCCGGGAGACAUGCACUUCAUCAACAAUCUAGCCGUCUUGCACCGCCGCGAGGGCUUUGUCAACGGUGAAACCGAACUGGACAAGCGACACCUAGUCCGCAUGCGACUACGAAGCUCUGAACUGGGAUGGAACAUCCCCACAGAGCUCAAGCGCGAUUGGUACGGCGCCUUCGAGAAGAAUUUUGCCAAGGUUUGGCACCUGGAUCCAAUGCCGGGCGACGCCUUUCCGCUUCGAAAGUACACAAACUAG